AAAUUAACUCGUUUUGCUAGAUGUGUAAUUAUAUGAAAGUGUUGGUUUGCAUGAGUGAAACAUCGAUAAAUUCGUCACACACCACCAGGUUGUUCUCAAGAAAAGAGCAUUUCCGAAAAAUAGACUUUUUUGCCCGGCAAGCACAAUGCUCGAACUGGAAAAAAUCGAUUUACCGAAAUUGGAAAACAACCAGAAGUCGUACGCUGGAAUUCCGGAAGCAGUUUUUGUGGAUGAUGUCGAAGCAUACAUGAAACAGUCUGGAGACGAGGAAAAUGUGGAAAAAGUUCUUAAAAGUUUAGACGAACAGCAUAGCAAAUAUAAGUUCAUGGAAUUUAAUAUUAUCUCCCGCAAAAGGCGAUUGCGUCAGCAGAUUCCGGAUUUGGCCAAAAGUCUCGAGAUGAUAAAAAUUCUUAAGAACCAGUCCGAGGAGUUGGAAACGCAAUUUCUACUGAGUGAACAAGUGUUUGUGAAGACCCGUGUUCCGCCUACGAAGACUGUCUGUCUUUGGCUCGGCGCCAAUGUAAUGCUCGAGUAUCCGCUGGAUGAGGCCGAAGAUUUGUUGAAGCAAAACAAGCAUUCGGCCGAAGUGAAUUUGAAGUGCCUGGAGCAUGAUCAGGAAUUCCUACGCGACCAGAUUACAACAACCGAGGUGAACAUGGCACGGGUGCAUAACUACGACGUGAAGAAGAGACAGGCAAAGAAAGCAGCUGAAGAAAAAUGAGCUAAUUCUUAACUUAUGUUUGUAACGUUUAAGCCAAUAAAAUAUCGCUUGUCGAAUAUUAACAA